AGGGGCGGGGCCGCGGCGGCCAUGGCGUCCUGCGGCCGCUCCCCCGGGUCCCUCCGCCCGGCGGCCGCGCAGACAAUGGAUUCUCCCUACACCAACGGAGCCUACAGCCUCCCGUACCCCCCGGCUCCCGGCGCUGCCCCGCACUACCCUGGCCCGCCGCAGCCACGGGGGUACUACUGCUCCCCGAGGACCCCUUACCCCGCCGAGCCCACCGGCGUGUACCGGCCCCCCUCGCCUGCCUCCCCCUGGAGCUACGUCCCAGACGGCCCCAGCGAAGGCUCCUCCCUCCGCAGGCAGCAGGGUCCUGGCUACUCCCCCCCGCAGACCCCAGGAAUGCCUGUCCCACAGUAUCCAUAUGGAGACAGCAACCCAGGGGUCACACCACAGCCCAGACCCCCGGAGGACACCUGGGCCCCCCAUCCUGUCUACGGGGCACAGCCGCGUUACGCCUGGCCCGCCGCGCCGGCUCCCGGGAACCCCUUCGUCUCCGAUUCACACCCAGCCUGGGCUGGCACUGGAGCUCCUUCCCACACCCCCGGCUGGGACCCCAAGGUGCAGGAUGCUGCUUACGACAGACCCGAGCCAAGCACAAACCAACACAACUACUAUUCUGAUGUCAACCACCAGCACUGUGGGACAACCAACGGCCACAGGCCCCCCACCCCAGCCCCCAAGGUGCAGUACAGUGCUCAGCCCCAGAUGUAUGACCGUGCCCCUCGGAAGCUCUUGCCUGGCAGCCGGGAAGUUGGCUUUAAAGUUGGUGACCAGUCCCCAGCAAACUCUGCUGGUGUCCAGCCAGAGAUUCAGAGAAUCCUCCACGUCAUGGGGGAGGCUGUGCAGCUGGAGCAGGAGGUGGAUGAAUUUGUAGGAAAAAAGACAGAUAAAUCCUACCGGCUUCUGGAGGAGAUGCUGACCAAGCUGCUGCUGGAACUGGAUUCCAUUGAGACUGGGGGCCAGGACAGUGUUCGGCAGGCCAGGAAAGAGUCCGUCCACAGAAUUCAGGCCAUACUGGAAAAACUGGAAAGAAAGGGAUUGUGAAAGCACAUCGACUACAACACACAGCCUGUUGUUGAGGUUCCAAAGAGGUUGUUUUUUUUUUAGUUCUGUUAAAUCUCAGCUCUUUCUGCUAUGCACUGCUGAGAAUGGAAUAGCAAUAAGCCCGGAGUUAAAAAAACAAAAUGAAACAAAAUGAUCAAAAAAACCAAACUUGGCAAUAGGUAGAUUCAGAGAGGUCUGAAGCAGCAAUCUGAAUUUUUUGUGUGUUCCAGGCUUUGGAAAAGCAGCAUUGCCCAACGUACUUAAGCUGGAGAGGUCUGCGUGGGGAUCCACGUCCUCUGCAUCAGCAGGAAGGAAAUCACUGUACAAAGUUCCCCAAACCAGGCCCUGUCUGUAGGUGCCUCCUGCAGCCACAGCAGUUCUUUAAACAGCUGGAACACUUGCCAGAUGUGGUCACAACAGUCCUGCAACAUGCAGCCACAAAACAAGACUCUGGGCUUGUCACUGCCUGUAUUCUCAGCUUCCGCUUCCUUGCCAUGACAACUCCUGUGUCCUCCUGGGGUUUGGUUUGGUUUUGGUGCAGUCAUGUAGCUACACUGAAGUGCUGCAGAAAGGAACCACGCUGGCAACCCCGUGGGGUCUCAUGUCAUGCUGUUCCUCCUCUGCCAGGAAGAGCCAGCCCGUGGUGUUCCUGUGGACACAGAAACACAGCCUGGAAAUCUUGGUUCUGCCACUGGAAAGGGUAGGAGCAGAGGAACAAUGUCAGAGCAGAGCAACCCGAAGCAGCAGGAUGCCUGGAAAUGCUUUUCCAGGUCACUGGGGUAAAAUCCCACUUUGUAAAUGUAACAUCCUUCCCCACAACCAAGUUGUGUGUCCCACUGCAACACCAUCCUCAUGGCACUGCACGACACCGCGGGCACGGGGACAGCUCAGCCUGCUGCUCACCUGGUUACACCACGUCAAGAGAAUCAUUACUCUGUGUGAUGAGAUAAUAAACCCUGACAACUUUUAAAUGUUAUUUUGUAAUUAA